GAGCGGCUGUACCUCCGCCGUGCUCUAUAAGUACAUCCGGGUCAGUGAGCCGGGCGAAGAUAAUCUGUGUGUGAUAAUGUUAUUAUUCUCCUCAGAGAAGGAGACAAUGAAGUUAUGAGAUGCCACAGAAUCUGUCACUAUAAUUCAGAUGAAAGUGAUUCCCGUUCUGUAUAAUCACUGAUGCACUGAGAAUGGACAAAGACAAGAGUGACAGGAUAUUACAUCUCACCCUGGAGAUCAUCUACGUGCUGACCGGGGAGGACUACACGGCACUGAUAGAGAGAUCUGGUGAGUGUGUGACACCCAGGAGCCAUCCCCAUGUGUCAGGAGGAGUGAGCAGGACCCAGAGCCUCAUCUCGGUGCCUCCACCUCACUCCCUGAUACAUGAGAGAGACAGUGACCAGAAGAUCCUGGAACUGACCAAUCAGAUCAUUGAGCUGGUGACAGGAGAGGUUCCUAUACAGUGUCAGGAGGAGAUGGAGAAGUCAGAAGGACACCGGGAUCUGUAUGAGAAUGUGAAGAUGGAGAAUCACUGGCCCCUCUCAUCACUGGAUGGGUCCAGGAGCAGAAAUACCCCAGAGACAGAUCUCCACCAUCUUCAUCCACAGGACUGUACAGAGGAGAAUCACUGGCCCCUCUCAUCACUGGAUGGGUCCAGGAGCAGAAAUACCACAGAGACAGAUCUCCACCAUCUUCAUCCACAGGACUGUACAGAGGAGAAUCACUGGAUCCCACAGGAGGAUCAGCAUGAUGUCCUGACUGCUAUUAAAGUAGAAUUUCUAGAGGGAGAGGAAGAGACGUAUGUGAGGGGUGAUCGGCGGUGUAAGGAGGAGGAAGAGACGUAUGUGAGGUGUGAUCGGCGGUGUAUGGAGGAGGAAGAGACGUAUGUGAGGUGUGACCAGCUCUGUAAGGAGGAGGAAGUCCCUACAGAUAUCAGCGCAGCAGAUGGAUGCAAGUACGGGAGUAUCUUGGAUGGACAACUCCUUUUAUCCACAGUUUUUAAAAUAGGUGACAACCUCAUCAGAGAAGAUUUUCCACAAGAAAACCCCGACACACUAAAUAUACAUCCAUUACUUCCCAGUGCAGAUAAAUCAUCGGAUCCUACUAAUCAUGAGACAUGUUCCCCUGGUAAUGUACAUAUUGUCACACAUAGUACAGCUUAUACAGAGGACGCAAUCAGUCCGUGUGCUGAGGUCGGGCAAUGGUUUACAGCUACAUCGUCUCUUCAUGUACAUCAGGAAAUUCGCACAAGGGAGAGACCGUUUCCAUGUUCUGAGUGCGGGAAAUGUUUUACAUACAAAUCAAAACUUAUUAGACAUCAGGGCAUGCACACAGAUGAGAAACCAUUUCCAUGUUCUGAGUGCGGGAAAUGUUUUACACAGAAAUCAAAACUUACUAGACAUCAGGGAACGCACACAGAUGAGAGACCUUUUCCAUGUUCUGAGUGCGGAAAAUGUUUUACGCAGAAAUCGAAACUUACUAGACAUCAGGGAACGCACACCGAUGAGAGACCUUUUCCAUGUUCUGAGUGCGGGAAAUGUUUUACACAGAAAUCAAAGCUUACUAGACAUCAGGGAACGCACACAAAUGAGAAACCUUUUACAUGUUUGGAGUGUUGGAAAUGUUUUAAAUACAAAUCAGGGCUAGUGGAACAUAAGAAAACACACACAGGUGAGAGACCCUUUCCCUGUUCUGAGUGCGGGAAAUGUUUUACACAGAAAUGGAAACUUGUCAUACAUCACAGAAAGCACACCGGUGAGAGACCCUUUUUGUGUUCUGAAUGUGGGAAAUGUUUUGCAGUGAAAUCAUGUCUCGUUAUACAUCAGAGAAGUCAUACAGGUGAGAAACCUUAUCCGUGUUCUGAGUGCGGGAAACGAUUUAUGUGCAAAUCGCGUCUUUUCGAACAUAAGAAGAGGCACACAGGUGAGAGACCGUUUCCAUGUUCUGAGUGUGGGAAGCGUUUUGCGCUGAAAACAUGUCUCGUUCUACAUCAGAAAAUGCACACAGGUGAGAAUUUAUUCCCGUGUUCUGAGUGCGGGAAAUGUUUUGCACAGAAAUCAAAUCUUGUCAUACAUCAGAGAAGUCACACAGGUGAGAGACCCUUUCCGUGUUCUGAGUGUGGGAAAUGUUUUGCGCAGAAAGCAAAACUUGUUAGACAUCACAGAACGCACACAGGGGAGAGACCCUUCUCGUGUUCUGAGUGUGGGCAACGUUUUGCAAAGAAAUCAAGUCUGGUCAGACAUCAGGGAACUCACACGGGUCAGAGAUCCUUUCCAGGGCUCUGAGUGUGGGAAAUAGUUUCCACACAAGUCGGAUCUUGUUCUCCAUUGGAAACCUCUCACAGGACAAGGGCAAUUGGACAUAAAAUGGCGCGGCAAUACUCUGAUAAAAGAUGUGAGAUUAUAUGUAAUUAGUUCUGUAAUAUGUUACUGUCGCACUGGGAUUGGUUACAGUGCUUCUAAUAUGUGCAAAUGCAAUUUUGUGAUACCAUGUGGCUGUUUUUGUACAAACGCAGAGCUUUGCUCCUAUGGUAGAGGGCACGUGCUGCUGAGCUUUUCUUUCUGAAUGUGGUUUAGUUGCACUUAUGCACUAACUGAAGUUCCAGCUCAGAGAUAUUUGUCUGUAUGGUCAAAAUCCCGUAAGGCAAAAUAUCACAUCUUUAUCUGGGCAGCCAGCAGGGCAUUAAAAACAGACGGUGUGUGCACUGAUCUGGGAGCUGGCCUUUACCCACUACUGCCUCAUUGUGACUGGCUGUGUCAGGACUCUCCAAUACCUGGCUGCAAGGAAUGUUGCCACGGAAUGUCUGCAUCCUGGUACGUAGAGUUUUGACUUGGAAACACAUUGCAAGAUUAUAGGGGUCCUUAACGCAUUUCUCCGACACGUUAGCUUUUUCCAAAGGAAAGACAGCCAGAAAUAAACCCCACUCCUCUAGGUCCAGGGUGAUAUAUACAGUGCAUCCGGAAAGUAUUCACAGCGCUUCACUUUUUUUUCACAUUUUAUUAUGUUACAGCCUUAUUCCAAAAUGGAAUAAAUUCUUUUUUUUCCCAUCAACAUUCUACACACAAUACCCCAUCAUUUUUGCUAAUUUAUUAAAAAUAAAAAAAACUAAGAAAUCACAUGUACAUAAGUAUUCACAGCCUUUGCUCAAUACUUUGUUGAUGCACCUUUGGCAGCAAUUACAGCCUCAAGUCUUUUUGAAUAUGAUGCCACUCCUUUGAUAUCUAUCUUGGCUGUGUGCUUAGGGUCGUUGUCCUGCUGAAAGAUGAAUCGUCGCCCCAGUCUGAGGUCAAGAGCGCUCUGGAGCAGGUUUUCAUCCAGGAUGUCUCUGUACAUUGCUGCAUUCAUCUUUCCCUCUAUCCUGACUAGUCUCCCAGUUCCUGCCGUUGAAAAACAUCCCCACAGCAUGAUGCUGCCACCACCAUGCUUCACUGUAGGGAUGGUAUUGGCCUGGUGAUGAGCGGUGCCUGGUUUCCUUUAAACGUGACGCCUGGCAGUCACACCAAAGAGUUCAAUCUUUGUCUCAUCCAAAACUCCAGGCGGGCUGCAAUGUGCUUUUUACUAAAGAGUGGCUUCCGUCUGGCCACUCUACCAUACAGGCCUGAUUGGUGGAUUGCUGCAGAGAUGGUUGUCCUUCUGGAAGGUUCUCCUCUCCACAUCGUGUUCUUGGUCACCUCCUUGACUAGGGCCCUUCUCCCCCGAUCGCUCAGUUUAGACGGCCGGCCAGUUCUAGGAAGAGUCCUGGUGGUUCCGAAUUUCUUCUAUUUAUGGAUGAUGGAGGCCACUGUGUUCAUUGGGACCUUCAAAGCAGCAGAUAUUUUUCUUUAGCCAUCCCCAGAUUUGUGCCUCGAGACAAUCCUGUCUUGGAGGUCUACAGAAAAUUCCUUUGACUUCAUGCUUGGUUUGUGCUCAGACAUGCACUGUCAAAUGUGGGAUCUUAUAUAGACAGGUAUGUGCCUUUCCAAAUCAUGUCCAAUCAACUGAAUUUACCACAGGUGGACUUCAAUUAAGCUGUAGGAACAUCUCAAAGAUGAUCUGUGGAAACAGGAUGCACCUGAGCUCAUUUUUGAGCUUCAUGGCAAAGGCUGUGAAUACUUAUGUACAUGUGAUUUCUUAGUUUUUAAUUUUUAAUAAAUUUGCAAAAAUCUCACAAAAACUUUUUUCACGUUGUCAUUAUUGGGUAUUGCGUGUAAAAUUUUGAGGACAAAUGUAUUCCAUUUUGGAAUAAGGCUGUAACACAACAAAAUGUGGAAAAAGUGUAUAUUGGUUCUUGGGUAGCUGGAUGCCCAAAUAAGUGAUGCUUUCUUUUGCCAACUUAUUAGGGUCAGUACUUAACCAGGCCAGUUGUGUAUGACCCACUUAAAGGUAGAGUGGUGGAUUUGUUCAAUGUUAAACUAAAAACCUGAGAACGACCUAAAUACUUCCUUUAAUCGAGGGCACAAAAAAAUCUGUUAGUUUCAAUACAUAUAAGAGGUCAUCAACAAGAAAAGCCAAUAUUUUAACCAUGUUGCCUCCUAUCUGAAUUCCCCUCAAGGACCAUGAGAAUGGGAUCCAAUGAUAAGUUACAAAGCUAGAGUGACAAGGGACAGCCGUGUCUUGUGCCCCUUGAUGUAGUAAGCUGAUCACCAGUAGCAAUGAAUAUUAAGAAUAUGCACAAUAAUAUUUUUUUGUAAGAUUAAUAAAAUCUUGGCUGAACUCCCACCUGCACAAGGCCUCAUAUAAGUAGGGCGGGGAGACCAUAUAAAGGCCCUUACUAGCAUCAGCGCACAAUGACAUAUUAGAAGAGUCAGGCUGGUGUGGGUCAAUAGCCAUUGCUGUGAUAGCUAACAGUAUGCCGUCAGCAGAACGCCUGCCACUGACAAAGCCCAACUGGUGGUCUGUGAGCAUAGAGGAAAGAAGUCUGUAGCCCGGCCACCAUGACCUCGGCCAAUAGCCUAAAAUCUACAUCAGGUAUGGUGUUAGGUUGGUAAGAGGAUGGUCUUUUGUUAGGCGCUGUGGAACCCUUGUGGUGCCAUAUAAAUAAAGGAUAAUAACAAUGAA